AUGGUGUGUUAUCGCUGUGGCGGCGUGGGUCAUACAAGCCGCGACUGCUCAAGGCCUGUCAAUGAAAGCCUUUGUUUCCGCUGCGGCAAACCUGGCCACAUGAGUAAGGACUGCGCCAGUGACAUUGACGUAAAAAAUGCCCCCUGCUUUUUUUGCCAGCAGGCCGGCCACAGGGCCAACAACUGCCCGCUCGCACCGCCGGAAGCACGGCAGCCGUGCUACAGGUGUGGAGAGGAGGGCCACAUCUCCCGCGACUGCACGAAUCCCCGCCUGCCACGUUCAGAGCAGUCAUGCUUUCACUGUCACAAGACAGGCCACUACGCCCGCGAGUGCCCGGAAGUGAUUGAAAACCUGAAGUGCAACAGCUGCGGCGUGACUGGCCACAUUGCAAGGCGGUGCCCGGAACGGAUAAGGGCGGCGAGAGCGUUUUAUCCGUGUUUUCGCUGCGGCAUGCAGGGCCACGUUGCUCGCAACUGCCCGAACACGCGUUUGCCAUAUGAGGGGCAGCUUUGUUAUGUCUGCGGGGAGAAGGGCCACCUGGCACGCGACUGCAAGUCCGAGGCCCCGCUAGUCGCAUAA